UCGACAGGUAACUUAUUUUAUUUUAUUUUUUUUAUUUUUUAUUUUUCCCCCCUCCCCUCCCCCACCCCCUUCCUUUUGGGCAGCGCCACCUCUCCUCGUCCCGUUCGGACUCAGCGCGUGCGUUCACAUUUCACCGGCUCGGCAGCGCCGACUCAAUAACCCUUCCUGAUGUAUAACAUGAUGGAGACAGAACUGAAGCCCCCGGCCCCCCAGACCAACGCGGGGGGCACGGGCAACAGCAACACGUCUGGCGGCAACCAAAAAAACAGUCCGGAGCGGGUCAAGAGACCCAUGAACGCAUUCAUGGUGUGGUCCCGGGGCCAGAGGAGGAAGAUGGCGCAAGAGAACCCCAAGAUGCACAACUCGGAGAUCAGCAAAAGACUCGGCGCCGAGUGGAAACUUCUGUCGGAAAGCGAGAAAAGACCUUUCAUCGACGAAGCCAAGCGGUUGCGGGCCCUGCACAUGAAGGAGCAUCCCGACUACAAGUACCGGCCCCGGCGGAAGACCAAGACCCUGAUGAAGAAGGACAAGUACACCCUGCCCGGCGGGAUGCUGGCCCCGGGCGGCAACGGGAUGGGCGCCGGGGUCGGCGUGGGCGUGGGCGGCAGCCUGGGCGGCGGGGUGAACCAGCGCAUGGACACUUACGCCGCUCACAUGAACGGCUGGACCAACGGCGGCUACGGCAUGAUGCAGGAGCAGCUGAGCUACCAGCACCCCGGACUCAACGCGCACAACCCGGGCCAGAUGCAGUCCAUGCACCGCUACGACAUGAGCGCCCUGCAAUACAACACCAUGACCGGCUCCCAGAGCUACAUGAACGGCUCCCCGACCUACUCCAUGGCCUACUCCCAGCAAACGGCGCCGGCCAUGAGCGCCCUGGGCUCCAUGGGGCCCUCGUCGGUGGUCAAAUCCGAGUCCAGCAGCUCCAGCCCGCCGAUCGUCACCUCGUCCUCCCACCGGGCCGCCCCGGGCUGCCAAAGCGGCGAUCUGAGGGACAUGAUCAGUAUGUACCUGCCCGGGGCGGAGGUCAGCGAGCAGACUGCCCAGACCAGACUACACAUGUCCGGCCACUACCAGAGCACCGUGCCCGGGACGACGAUCAACGGCACGCUGCCCUUAACGCACAUGAAGCUCUAGAGGAACGAAGCAGGCAGGCAGGAGAUGCCCUCUUCACUGCUGGAUCAACUUUGCAAGACGAGAAAGUGGGAGUCGCAAUCAAAUGUUUUAUUGUUGCAAUCAUCUUUUGUACAGUAUUUAUCAAAGAAACAUUACAAUCAGAUGAAAUUGUUAAACUGCAAGAGGUUGCAUCUUUUUGUAUCUAUCUAUCUAUCUAUCUAUAUAUAUAUAUAUAUAUAUAUAUAUAUAUAUAUAUAUAUAUAUAUAUAUAUAUAGAUAUAGAUAUAUAUAUAUAUAUCUAUAUAUAUAUAUACAUAUACACACCUGUUGAAAAAAAAAUAAUAACAAAGCCAGUUCAAUUGAAAAUAUCACAACGACGGCAGAACUAUUGGAGCAAUCAGUUAUGCAAAAAAAAUUACAAAUAAAAUACUUUGGAAAGAAAAGGGACAAAUCGCUUAAUAUUACUACAUCGUUUUCAUUUCUUAAAUAAAUACAUAAAUAAAUCAAUAAAUGGGACUUUUCCCCAGCUCAUCCAAGUUAAUUUAUAUUCCCGUCUCCCACUUUUCAUCUGUUUGAGGUAUGAUGCUUGUGCUCUUUAUUUUCCAAUUGAUUUGUACAAUUUAUGUAUAUUUACUGUGAUAUUUUAUGUUUUUAUCUCAAAAUUCAUUCCUGUAGUUGUAUUUUCAAAUUUGCGGCCUGUACGCAGAAGCCAACCACUCCAUGUAUAUACUGAAACUAAUACCAUCCUUAUAACAGCUACGAUUUCAACUGAGUAUAUUUUUUCUUUUCUUUUCCAUAUGCAGUUUGAAAAGAAUAAAUUUUGAAAAUUUG